AAGGCGUACCUUUGACAAAUUUUUUUUUCUCUUUACGUCUUUUUAAAACGGACAGGGAAAAGGAAAAAUAAUAUAUUUUAUUACGUGAUUUCGGCUUUCCCCAACCAUUUGAACACUCUCUCUUAUAUGUCUGUAUCUUUUUUUGAGGAUCUUUUCAAAGAAGUUCAGAGAUAAAUAGGAAGAGAGAGAGAGAGAGAGAGAGAGAGAGAGAGAGAGAGAGAGAGAGAGAGAGAGAGAGAGAAAGAGAGGGAUAGAUAGAUAGAUAGAUAGAUAGAUAGAUAGAUAGAUAAAAAAAGAAAAAGGAAGUGCGAAGUAAGAAAUAAAUCGAGUAUCAAAAUGGCGAAGAUUCAUCUUGAUGUUGACUAUCACCCUUUCAAGAUCGUGAUCAAGGCUGUUCUCCUACUCUGGAUUGCAGGUGAAACAAAUAGCGAUUCACAACCAAACUUCUAUGAAAAAUAUGGCCUUGAUCGACCCUCAUAUCCUUCCUGGUACAAGGAAUCACCAUUUAUGUAUAAUAUUGAACCAAAGGGUAAUACGGAGGACCAAAUAUUCUUCCCUUAUGAUAACGUGAAAUCUCAGAUACGAAAUCUCGGAGAUCCACACAUAUGCAAGAAUAAAACCUAUUGUGAGGAUACACCUUACUAUCCUAGCGAAUUGGUCAAAAAUAGAUUAGAAAAUAAUAAGAAUUUAAUGGAAUUUGCUGUUAAUGAUUUCAUACCGAAAGAGUUAGACUUAUCAGACAGAAUAGACGCGAGGGACGAAAUACCGAUGUGUGUAUCUAUUGAAAAAGUGAUUUAUCCUAAAACGGCGCAAACGGUGAACGGUGAGUGGCUAUUCAUAGCACAAAUGGGACAAAAUUUUGCACAGGGCGUACGCAUCGAAACUUGUCUAACAAACUCAGCACCGUGUCAAUUUGUUCAACAUAUAACGGGUUAUGUGUCAAGUUGUGAACAAAAAUAUAUUUAUCGUCAACUCCUCGCAGUCGAUAAACAAAAUUUAACAACGGAAUUAUUUCGUUUUCCUUCGAGCUGCUGUUGCACCGUCAAAUUCGUCUCAUCUUGAUCAUAUCUUUGAAGAAAUAUCUUUGCUUCUCUCUCUCUUUCUCUCUCUCUCUCUCUCUCUCUCUCUUUCUUCUUUUCUCUGUAUUUCUCUCUUUCAUUUAUUUUCUCUUCAAAAUCGCCAUAAAAUCGAUAGACAAGUAUAAAAAACA